AUGUUGCUAAAGGAAGAGAUGCGACGGGUUCGCAAGACGUUGGAGUGGAGGGCAGCAUGGUGGGAACAGCAUCGAGAGGGAUGGAAAGGCCAAGACGAGGCAAUGCAGGAAGGUAUAAGAGCGUAUGCGACCCAGCAGGCAGAUAUACAACACGGCCUUCACACUCGCUUUACACGGCUAUGGGACAAGCCACUGGUACCAUUUUGUAGCCAAGAAGAUAGUAAUGAGGGAGCUGGAUCCUCUCUUGAUCCCCUCCUGGAGUCCCUGGUGGAAGAGGACGAGUAG